CAAUCGACCAAUAAUAUUGGAUACCGUAUGCAAACCAUCGACCAUUGGCUGACGUCGCUCCUGUGGGGCAGAUAGAGCACACUGUCGUCAGUGCGAUAGCGAUUCGUUUCCACUUACAUCACACAAUCUUUAAAGACGGCUCGACGUACGACAGACGCCCGACAUCGCGACAGCCUGUUCCGCUCACGUGUCGCACGUUAAAUUACAGUGUCCGCCCUACAUGUAGUGUCGCUUACUUUAGCCAAAACGCUAUGAAAAUCUGGACGUCAGAACAUACCUUUGACCAUCCUUGGGAGACGGUAGCGCAGGCUGCAUGGAGAAAGUAUCCGAAUCCUAUGGUGCCUUCGGUUAUAGGGGCGGACGUCAUCGACAGGGAAGUGGUGGACGGUGUUCUUCGUACCCACAGACUCGUGGUUUCUACGCAAUGGGGCUUUCCUAAAUGGACGCAAGCGUUAAUCGGCUACGCGAACUUGUGUUAUGCCAGCGAGCGCAGCGAGGUCGAUCCUGUGAAUAAACAAAUGAUCCUCAGGACUCAUAAUUUAACCUUUGGUAAUUAUAUCGCUGUAGACGAAGCUGUCAGAUAUACGCCUCAUCCGGAUGACUCCACGAAGACGUUACUCACGCAAGAAGCGGUGGUCACCGUCCGGGGGGUACCGCUCACUAACUACAUGGAGGACCUCUUAGCUUCAAAAAUUUCUUUCAAUGCGAGUAAAGGCCGGCAAGGGUUGCAAUGGGUGAUCAACAAGCUCGAAUCCGAGAUGAAGGAGUUUGCCUGAAAGGCCCGGCCGCCGUCGCGAAACUUCUAAACUGCCGCUAUCAGCACAACACCGAGCGCCGGCGUCGAUAGGGAGCGGCAACUUCUAGAUCGAACGAUUACGCGGAUCAGAAGAACAUUAACGUCCCGGGCUUCGUCAGAAACGAGCAGAUGAUUCGCCGCGAGCCAUGUAGAUCGCCUAAUUGAAUUUUGCGAAACUUGUUACUAACCGGUUUGCAGGCACGAACGUUCCCUUUGAGGGGCGAAUGCCUCCGCAACCGUACACUUGGGUCCAGACCUGCAAGGAUCUGUCGAACGGACGGGCGAGAUAACGACUGAUAUAGGAAUACGUAAAUACAUAGAUUUAACAUAAACGAAGAAGUACAACGGUUGUUGCGGUGUUUGGAAAUGUGUGGCAAUAAUUCCAACGCUUCAACCCGUAUUCAACACACAACUGUCGGAGACAAACUACCGAUUCGCGUGAUGUGCGUAGGUUUAAAUGAAUUUACCUACAUUUAGCCAAUUUAAAUAUGUGAACGACCACCGUGCAAUUUAGAAAAUUCAAAAUCAAAUUUAUAUUGUGGAACGGAUGCCGAUAUUAUGUAAUUUAUAUUUAAUUUAUCAUACAAAGUAUCUUUUAGUGAUUAUUAGACAAUUUUUUUCCACAACAUCUACAAAUCGUUUUUCGUUUUUACUCCCUUCCCCACACGUUCUACUUGCCUCGUAUUAUUUAUUUAUUACACACCAUUCAUCAUCUAGUAUCGCAAAUUAUUUUUGUUCGGUGGUGCACAAGUUGUACGUCCUACGAAAUCUACUAUAAGCUCAACACACGAACGGUCCCAUUCACUGGCCGAAGACGAACAAUGUAGACGCAGACCUUCGCGAAACUAUGUUCCUCGGAACUAUGUUCGCCGGACUCUCAUUCCUCCUCAGCGAGAAGCCAAAGCUCUUUGAUCGCGGCGAGGAGGCAACUUAUGUACAUUGCGCGUUCCGAAAUCACUGUGCGUUCCCUUUGACGUGUAUCCGCAUCCGAGAAUCGUACCGUUGUCGCGACUAAUUAAUUUCGCGGUUUUUUCCUUUGUCGACGCUUUAUCGACGUACCGAAAAUUUACAAACUGCAUCGAUUUUUUUCUUGCUUCAACUUUCACGAUCUCUUCGAUCUCUUUUCGCGCUGAUGUUUUGCUCUUUCGGUCGAUGUGAUCCGUCAAUCUGAGUCCUCCAAUUGUUUUUAAAUCCCAAUUGAGACAUGAAAGUGCUCUGUCGGCUAUAAAAGAAGCACGAAACGAAAGUGGUAUUUUUUGUAUCAAAAAAUCGAGCGCGAAAAGAGAGGGAAGAGAAUGAAUUCACGGAUGGUCCAUGCGAAUGGGGCUUUACACGGGGCGGGCCGGGACGCUUUAAUUUAGGGAAGUCGACAUGCACGUCGAUCGUGGACGUUGAUUUACCCACGAGCUGAGCGGUUCGAUAGGAAAACCGAGCAGACAUCAAGCACUGGUGCGUGGGACGCGUACAAAGGAUACUGCUCACCGCUUUGUGAUCGGAAGCUGUCAAUAUUUGUCUGCGUCAGGUAACAGAGAGGCCAGCAAUGAACCGUAACGUCAUCAAUUAUCUCUUACAUACCACCAAACGAGCCGCGCGUCAAAUUUGUCCGUCCUACUUUGGCCUCCUCGCCUCUUAUCGUGAUCACUCGCGGUUCAUCUGGUCGCUCUAUCGGCUGAAGGAUGUUGGAGUCAGUUGGAAAUCGUUCCUCGAUAGUCGAAAGCAACAGUGACUCGAUCGAAACUUCAAUUCGCUCGGUUAGAGAGAUUGUCGAGAAUGUCGAGCCCGAUCCUCCAAUGGCAAAUCGAUUUCUCGCGCGUAUAUUGUGUGCUCUUUGGACGCACGUGGAAGUACUCUACGGCUCGGCGCGAGUGCCCUCGAAAGAUAGUUAGGGAGGAUGAACACCCGGAGAAGAGAGAGAGAGAGAGAGAGAGUGACAUUGGGAUAUUUCGCGGAGAGUAUUGCGAGCAUUGAUGGCCCACCUUGACCGAUAUGUCAAGGUCUUCCACGUGGUGCUGGAAAAGGUAUUAAGCUAGACAAUGGCCAUUCUUUAUCUGAAUAUUUUACUUCUACAUCACUUCGGAUUAUGACUUUGAAUGCUUGUCUGAUAUUAUUAAUGGAACUUGUAUAAAUUAGACGGAACAAGAAAGUAAAUGCAUUCUCCGUCCCACAUAUUUUAUGUUUUACAAAUUUGAUACGAAUUUUUUAUCUUAUUGACAAUUCUGAAUGGCCCGGUGACGUCAAACGUGCGCAAUCUGGAUACACACACACGCGCGCAUUACAUAUUUAUCUUUCGGUAUCGCGAAUAAAGUCCGCGCGUCUUGCCUUAUCCAUAUUUAGAUUACAAUGCUUUACAUUAGAGACGAUACGGGCGAAGUGGCAAUACUCUGGGAGGGGCAAAACCACGCUUCUGUGCGUGGUUUUCGGAAAAUCGGAGAGCGUCUCGCUGCUUGCCUCGGAUUCUCGUGACUCCGCAAUGAGACUGCAGCGGCGCGUAGAGGAUCCCGGGAGCCGUCGCUCUCGUUCCUUCGACCUUCGGGCUCAUAUGUAUCCGAGCUCGUAAAAAGGAUUCGCCUUUCAGUCGAAUCCCAUCCCCGUUCCCUUCGAUUCCGUCUCUCCCGGGAGAGGGUGAGAUUCGAAGAAUCGUCGAACGGUCUCAUGGUUUACACAUCGUGACGGUGCGCUCUCGUCAAAACCCGUAAAAGCUCUCGGGGGACGAUCGACUCUCUGAGAGCUAGGCAAGCGGUCAAGGAGAUCCUCCUCACCGUUGCCGAUUCACGACCUCGUGAAAAGCUAUCCGCCGCAGUCUCGGCGCUCGUCUUAUUUUCCUCGCUCUGCUCCGCUGCGCCCCUCGGCGCCGACGGCCGAGCAAAAGCGCGGUGUCGAUUUUGCUCCAAAUAAUAAAUUCGAUCGGCCCGCGAGUCCAUACACCAUCCACCCGAUCGGUCAAGUACGCUCUGAAAAGUUCUAACGACUGCCCUAUUUUUUUCUUUAUUUCCGUCAGACGUUUUUAAAAGUUCCGAAGACUCACUCCCACGUGCCUCGAUCGUUUCCGUUUAUAGAAUUAGGGUUGAUAGAGGGAAAAAGUUCAGAGCCCCGUACAACAAACAACGCGCGUUUUAAUUCGAAAAGUUUCUUGGGGCGGAGAGAUGGCGAUUUUACUUGUAGUGGAAAAUUUUGAGAUAAUGCCGAACGUAUUCGCGCUAUUAAAAAAAAUCUCAUUUUAUAAAUAUACAAGCCUGAUACCGUUUAGCUAACUUGAGAGAGAGAAUCAUAAUUUUGGCACAGAGAAUUCCCCUUUCAUGUGAAUUAUCUUCUCACAAUACCUGUCAAGCUGUUAUUUUACUUGCAUCAGUAGAUAAAGAGAAUUGGCCGCAAACCAGCACCCGAUGUUCGCAAACUCAGUGUAUUUCUAAACCAACUUCGUCAAUACAUCCCGUUUUAUCCUUUCUGAGAAAGAACUUUUAAUGAGUUCACGUACACUGUUUAAAGAUUUAAAGUUUUGCGAGCUUCAAAGAGAUCGUGCCAUGCUUCUCUAAAGUAUUACAGGCAAGGCGGAGCAUUAUUAUGACGUACAGAACGUCUGCGAUAUUACAUCGUAAAAAUUGCCUCUGUAUAUUAGUUCCUCGCUGCCUAUACUCUAUCAAAAACUCAAAGAGAAAUGCAUAUUAUAAACGGGCGGAAAGAAAAGAAAGCCUUUCGAAUAUCUAACGAGAUUACGCGUAUCUCUUUAAUAUCGAGAAAUAAUUUUAGUUUGACUUUAUUUCGCAACAUUCAUGUCUUUGCAGCCAAAGGUUUAAGGCUUCCGCAAGAAAGGAAGAUUGAAACGCAAUAAUCGAAGGACUUUAGGUGUCCCAGUAAAAGAGAGUCACCCUCUGAGAAACAACCAUUAAAAUUGUAUUCCCUAUUUUACGUUCCGAGCGUUCACAAGUUCUCCUCACCGUAAAACUACGAAGAUAACGGCGAAUGCGAUCAUACAAAUAAUUGCUAGACGCAACGAGUAUCGGCGAACGGCGGCCACAAAGAGCGAGCGAGCGAACGAGUGAGUCUUUAAUUUAAUUAGUAUAUGUAUUUCCCGGGCACAAACGCGCGCGGUAGAUAGUUGCGGCAAAGUUGAUCGAAAUUGGCUAACGUCGACGUUGUAUCGCGUCGCGGCUACGCGAGCACAUAGGUAUUCACUGUUAAAGCAGAUACGUAGGUAAUAACGGAAGACGCCGAGCCGUCGUGGACGACGCGGCGCAUACGCUUGCCCUAUUAGCAUACAAUUAUCUUUAUGCUUCUUUUAUGAUUCAUAUUUAAUGCCAGUUUUCGCCGACAUCGUCACCACUACCACUCGCGUCGAAAACGGCACGAAGUUGGCAAACUUUUACGAUCGUACUUGUUUCGAAACUUAACGUACACCCCGUGCUUGCCUGUUAUCGGGCCUACCACAAUUCGCUUGCACCCUUGUUAAACGUGCCCCGGAAAGUACUUCCUAGAACACACGCGCUGCACGAAAAUUUAUCGUCACACGUGCGAACAAUCGACAAAUGCGAUACACGUCGAUUAUGUUUUACUUUGUCGCGUCAACGUGACGAGCCUCGAGAUUAAAAAAAGAAACGGCGACGAUGAGGCUAUUGUAUCGACGACUUUUUGAUAAUAAUGUGUAAAAUAUGAAAACAUGAAAUAUAAUGUAAAAUAUGAGAAUAAUUUUCAAUAAAAUAUUUUGCUGUGUUUUCUA